UCCUUGUCAAUUCUCCAAAAGGGCCCGUGUUCAUCAAAUCGGUGGAAGUAUCCGAAGUUGUGAAAGAUGCAAUCACUUUGUUUCAAAUGCUUGAUUCUAUUGUUGAGGAAGUUGGAGAGGCAAAUGUUGUGCAAGUGGUGACGGAUAAUGCAUCUAACUAUGUCAAAGCGGGGAAAUUGCUUAUGACAAAAAGACCACAUCUUUAUUGGACUCCAUAUGCCGCACAUUGCGUGGACUUGAUGUUGGAGGAUAUUGGAAAGCUUCCAAAGAUCAAGAAUGCCCUCAAGAAGGCGAUCUUCAUGAAUGGUUAUAUAUAUAACCACGUCACCGUUGUCAACAUGAUGAGAAGAUUCACAAAUCAAAGGAAUUUGCAUCAACCGGCGGUCACAAUGUUUGCAACUUCCUUUAUCACUCUUGCACAAUAUCAUAAGCAAAAUAACAAUUUGAGGAAGAUGGUGACUUCGAAAGAGUGGAAUGCUUCAAAGUGGGCAAAGGAAGCGGGGGGAAAGAAGGUGACAGCUUAUAUUUUGCAAGACACAUUUUGGAGGAAUGUGUUGUAUGCUCUUAAGUUGGGAGGUCCUCUUGUGACGGUACUUCGGAUGGUUGAUGGGGAUAAAAAACCGGCUAUGGGGUACAUUUAUGAAGCUAUGGUUAGAGCUAAGGAGGCUAUUGCUAAGAGUUUUGGUUACAAGGAGGAGCAUUACAAAGAAGCGUUUGGGAUCAUUGAUAAAAGAUGGGAUUGCCAACUUCACCGUCCUUUACAUGCGGCCAGAUACUUUCUUAAUCCGGAAAUCUAUUAUGAUAAUCCGGAUCAAGUGAGUUGCCAAGAGAUUGAGCAAGGCUUGUAUGAAUGCAUUCAAAGGUUGAUUCCUGGUGAAGCAACUCAAGACAAGGUCAUGGUUGAGUUGGAUGCCUACAAAAAUGCAGAGGGUCUAUUUGGAAAUGCAAUGACAAUUAGACAUAGAAAGGUCAAAUCACCAGCUGAUUGGUGGUCUUGUUAUGGAUCUUCAAGUCCCAACCUCAAAUCAUUUGCGAUAAAAGUUCUUAGCCUCACUUGUAGUGCUACCGGAUGUGAGAGAAAUUGGAGUGUCUUUGAUCAUCUUCAUACCAAAAAGAGAAACCGAUUGGCACAAGAUCGGCUCAAUAAAUUGGUUUAUGUGAAGUAUAAUCGUACUUUGGAAAGGCGAUACAAGAGGAAAGACACAAUAGAUCCUAUUCUAUUAGAAGAGAUUGAUGAUAGCAAUAAAUGGUUGGUUGGACAUAUGGAUGGGAAAUCUUCUAAUGAAGAUGAUCUUGUGUUUGAGGAUGGUGAUUUGACAUGGAAUGUCGUUAGUAAGGCUUCGGGAGCUAAUGAUCCUAUUUAUAGCACUAGACGGGCAUCUAGAGUUGAUAAAGGAAAGAGUGUAGUUGCUUCGAGUUCGAGAAGGCUUUUAGAUGAGGACGAAGAUGCGGAUGAGGAGAGGGAAGUGAAUGAGAUGGAAGAGGACAUUGGUGAAGACAAAGAUGAUGGAGAUGGGGAUGACGCAUUUGAGGAUGAUGGGCUUGAGGAUGAUGAUUAUUGA